AUGAGAUCCGUCAAGAACCUCCUCGCCGUCGCGGCCCUUGCGACCACCGUCCUGGACGGUGUCGUCGGUGCCCCGGCCGGCCAGACUGCAACCAUUUCCCGUUUCCCGUCUGAGGGCCAAUCGAUUGCUCCUCCCAAGUCUUCCACCCUUCCUCGUCGCCCCACUGAUGAACCUGGACAUCCUUGGCAAGGCACCUACACGAUCCCAGUCAUCGUUGACCCAACCCACACCUUCGACAUCCCUCACCCUCCUCCGUCUGCAGCAAACCCCGUCGAGCGCAAGGAUGAGGGAAUGCCAAUCACCACGGUCACGGUUUAUCCUCCUGCUGCCACCAAGGACAUCAAUGUCAUGCCGAUUAUCAAGGUCACUGAACCCUCCACCGCCACCGACCCCAUCAUCAUCACGGAGCGUGGCGGCGUCAUCAAUGAGCGACAGCUGCUGCCGAUCGUCAACCCAGCCUCGGCCAUCGGCGCACGCCAGAUACUUCCCAUCGGUGGCAUGAGCUCGGCCAUUGGAGCCCGCCAGAUGUCAGCGGAUCGGCCUCCCGUUGAUACUUCUUUUGCCCUGUCGGACGAUGGCCCUACUUUCACCGUCAUCCGCUCGUCCACCUCCUCGGCCACAGCAAACGAAACGAGCCACGACGCGCCCCCUCAAGUCACUUCACCCGCGCCCAGCACCGUGACCGUCACCGACUUCACGACCACCACGCAAGACCUGAUUCCCACAGAGACCAGCCUGUCUGAGGUCUUCCCGCCCACGGAUAGCACCACAACCAUCACCGUCACCCCCUUCCUCUCCUACACCCUGCCGGACCCCACCACCGAGACCAGCACCCACACCGUCACCACCUUCGACUCAACCAGGCACAUUAGUCUGCCAGUGGAGCCCACGUCGACCAACGCAGGUUUCCUUCCUCCGGUGCCCACCAACGAGACCCGCAGCGAGCUAUCCACGGUCUCCUCCACAGCAGAUUGCAUGGAGACGAGCACCCAAGUCAACACCACGUCAUCAUCGCACAGCUACGACGCAAGGUCACCCUCGUCCGCCAGCGUCACGACCCUCACCACCUUCCACAAGAGCUGCGACCAUGUCACCUGCAGCAAGGUGAUGGUGACCAUGACGUUGCACGUGGAGCCGACGCCCACUCUCACCCGCGAGCCCGGCCCGCCCCACCUCACGCCGCCGGCGGACCCCUGCCCUUGGAAGGCCGGGCCUCAUAUCCCGGAGGCCAGCUGUCCCAGCAGCACGGGCACGGGCACGGACACCGAGGAGCCGACCGCCUCGAUGCCGCGUUCCAUCCACACUCCGCCUCGCGCGACGAGGGGCGGCCUCACUGAACUCCCCGUCACGACCUUUGAGACGUCUGUCGUGCCCACUGCGGCCUAG